AUGUCAAGCGUGAACAAGAGUGAAGAGUCAUCUAGUCAACAAUUGGGAAUCACAGAAAUUCAAAAAGUUUCAAAAUGGCAAAAUUUCAAAGAUUCAUUUAAAAGAGCUGAUACUAAUGCUUACAACAAUAAACGAGGUAGUAUAAGUUCUUGCUGUCAAAGUAUAAACAAGAAUGAUUUGGAAUCACAAGAUAAACAAACUACAAAUAAUGAUAUACAAGAUGGUACUCUUCAUCGAGAAUUGAAAAACAAACAUAUUCAAAUGAUUGCACUUGGUGGAAGUGUAGGUACAGGUUUACUAAUAGGAUCAGGUGGAGCUCUACGAGAGGGAGGACCUGCAAGUUUAAUAAUAGCAUGGGGAUUAGUAGGAACAAUGGUUUAUUGUACAAUAUUUGCAUUAGGAGAAUUAUGUGUUGCAUUUCCAGUUAAUGGUGCAUUUUCACAAUAUGCAUCUAGAUUUGUUGAUGAAAGUUGGGGUUUUGCUGUUGGAUGGAAUUAUGCUAUAAUGUGGUUAAUUGUUUUACCCUUAGAACUAGUUGCUGCUUCGAUGUGUAUAACUUAUUGGAAUGAUAGUAUAAACCCAGCUAGUUGGGUAGCUAUAUUUUAUUUAUUAAUUGUUGUUAUAAAUUUAUUUGGUGUAAAAGGUUAUGGAGAAGCAGAAUAUUGGUUAACUAUUUUUAAAAUAAUUGCAAUCAUCGGAUUUAUAAUCUUGGGAGUUGUAUUAGUUGUUGGAGGUGGUCCAAAAAAGGAAUUCAUUGGUGCAUCAAAUUGGAAAGUAGGUAAAGCUCCAUUUCCAAAUGGAUUUAAAGGUUUAGCUACUACGUUUGUUACAGCUUCUUAUUCAAUGGCUGGUUCAGAAAUGUGUGGUAUAGCUGCCCUGGAAACCAAAAAUCCUGCCAAAACAUUACCAAGGGCUGUAAGACAAGUAUUUUGGAGAUUGUUCUUGUUCUUUUUCUUGUCUUUAACAAUGAUAGGAUUAUUGGUUCCAUAUAAUUCUCCAGAUUUAUUAGGUAAUGGAGGAGUAUCAUCAAGUCCAUUUGUUAUUGCUAUAAAAGAUGCAGGAAUUCAAGUAUUACCAUCAAUUUUCAAUGCAUGUAUUUUAAUUUCAGUUAUAUCAGUUGGAAAUUCAGCAGUUUAUGGAUGUUCAAGAACUAUUCAAUCUUUAGGACAACAAGGUUUAGCACCUUCAUUAUUUGCAUAUGUUGAUAGAAAAGGUCGUCCAUUAGCAGGAUUAAUUUUGAGCGCAAUUUUUGGAUUAUUAUGCUUCUUAGCAGCCUAUAAAGAUCAAGAUACUGUAUUUGCUUGGUUAUUAAGUGUAUCUGGUUUAGCAACAAUUUUUUCAUGGUUUAAUAUUGGAUUAUGCCAUUUAAGAUUUAGAAUGGCAAUGCAUAAACAAGGAAAAUCAUUAGAAGAAUUAAGUUUCACUUCAUCAUUAGGAAUAUAUGGUUCAAUAUAUUCAAUGAGUUUUUUGGUUUUAGUAUUAGUAGUUCAAUUUUGGGUUGCAUUAUUCCCAUUAAACUCUAAUGGAAAAGCAAAUGCAGAAAGUUUUUUUAAAAAUUAUUUAGGAGCUGUUGUUAUAUUAAUUUUUUAUUUGGGUCAUAAAAUUUUAACCAAAAAUUGGAAAAUUUAUAAAAGAUUAGAUGAAAUUGAUCUAGAUAGUGGAAGAAGACAAAUUGAUGUAGAAAUCAUUCAAUCAGAGUUAUUCGAGGAAAAACAAUUAGCUAGACAAAAACCUUUGUAUAUUAAAAUUUUUAAUUAUUGGUGUUGA